AUGGCUUUGACUGCUGCUGCUGGGAGCAGCCAGCUAUCUUUUUUCUUCCUACGAAAGGCCCCCUUUGCAUUUUCGGCUGCGGUUCGGACGUGGUCUUCACCAACUCUCCUCCUCCCAGCUUCUAUCUCGAUACCAGCCAUCGCAAGUAACAUCCCUGGACUCAUCGCAGACAUCUGGGAAGGCAUCUUAAAGGCAGUGCCCAAGAAGAAAACAUCGCACUCGAAAAAGAGACACCGGCAGUUGGCGGGAAAGGCAUUGAAGGAUGUGAAGGCCAUCAACGAAUGCCCCGGUUGUGGGAGGCCGAAGAGAGCUCAUACCCUAUGUCCAUAUUGUGUCGCAGCCCAUGCCACAGAUAUCUUUGCGCUGUCCGCAACGACAACCCAAAUCCUCAGCGGCUCAGGCGAAUCGUCGAUCAAAAUCUACUCCACCACAGACGACAACUUUCCAAUUGCCCAGAUACUGAAAGACGCCCACAAACUCGGCUGCCACCAUCUCGUCACGGAUCGGGCGGGCACGAGGGCUGUGAGCGUGGGGUUCGACGGCACAGUCAAACAAUGGAAGUACGUGGAGGGCAUCUGGAAAGAAGAUGGGGAGAUUGCGAGCGAAGGCGCGCCCAAGAAAGCUGGCGAAGUGUGGGCGGUGGCCCUCUCGUUGGAUGGGCAGUAUCUGGCUGGCACGACGCAUGACGGCCGAGUGAAUGUCUGGGAUCUGGCAAACGGGAGACAAAAGAUUCGGGAGUUCGAGACCAAAGGCAGUUUCGGCAUGUGUGUCGAUGUGUCGCCAGAUGUCCGCUUCAUUGCCAGUGGUCACGAAUCCGGGAACAUCUACCUCUUCUCUACGGCCACGUCUCGCCUUUUACACUCGCUCCCAGGCCUCAUCAAGCCAGUGCGCGCGGUCAAAUUCUCGCCCGGCAGUUCUCUCCUCGCCGCAGCAGGCGACGCACGUAUCAUAUCGCUCUACGACCCCAAGUCUGGUGAGCAAGUGGCCAACCUUAGCGGGCAUGCUGCUUGGAUCACGAGUCUGGACUGGAGCCACACUGGCCAAUAUCUGCUUAGUGGUAGUCUCGAUGGGAAGGUCAAAGUAUGGGACAUUGAGCGGAGAACUUGCGUCGCGACGCACAGUGAAAGCGACAAAGGUCUUUGGUGUGUCAGAUGGUUGCCCAAGGGCGAUGAGUCCAAGCAAAAAGCGGAGAGGUUUGCCACCGCUGGGAGCAAUAAGUCAAUCGCAAUCUACCGAGAAGCGGCGGGAGGAUGA